AUGACUUUAAAAAGACUCAACAUAUUUUCAAAUCCUAUAAAAAAUGACCCAUUCCUUAUGGAAGUAUCUCCCCAGAAACUAGUUGUGCCUCCAGAUGGUCUUCUCAAAGUGAUCAUCCGAAAUCCUACGGAAGACCUUCAAAAUUUACGUCUCCACUUUGAUUCCUUCUACUUCAUGGUUAAUUUUGGAGUUGCUGAAGCCAAACAAUAUGGGGAGACACCGUCUUGCGCUUACUGUAUCCAUGAGUUGCAGCCAGGGGAGACGUACUCAUUGACUAUAGGGUACAGCAACAUGGGAUACCCAAUAGAGAAAGCAGAAAAAUGCGACGACCCAAACAAACCGGAAGACCAUAAAGAAGUCGAGAGGCAUCGGAUGGACCCCAAAGACAAUAUCUUUUAUAUGUAUGAUCGACCAGAGGGAUAUUUGAAAAUUGUGCAUUACAAAGAUGACUAUUUUAAUUCGAAGACGGAAGAUUUGCAUUUGUGUAAAGAAACGAAGCAGUAUAGGGAUCUGAGAUAUCUUUACCAAAAGAUCCGUCAAGACCAACGCCGCCGAUCCCGCUGGGGAGAGACCAUAGGAGCUGAUGGAGAGGAGACUUGGAGAAAUUUUCCUAUUGGAGAAGAUAUGAAGGCGUAUGUAUUUGGCCCUUGUCCUAAUUACAACUUCGGUCGAUCAAAAGAAGAAGUCAUGGAGUUCUGGGAGAGAGUACUGGCUGAUAAAUGUAUGCCGAAGAAUCUGGAAGAGUUGGAUACCAUGACGGAGGAGGAAAUUGAGGCGAUGAAGGAGGAGGGUAGAAGGGAAUAUUUGGUGCUUUGGCGCAACAAACGAUAUCGAAUGAACAUUGCGAAACUGCAAACGGAGAUUGAAGCGAAUUGGAUCAAACAGUGUCCGUGCGAAAUGCCUGGAUUCUAUUCUUAUGAGGAGGAUGAGAACUUUACAAUUCCUCAGACAAUUCGGGAGAAGAUGAAGAAGUUGGUGGUGAGAAAGAACAAUGUGGAGAAUGUGAAAACAGCAGAGGAGAUAUCAGAGAUAACUAGGGAAUCUAAGAAAUCUAAGGAAUCUAAGGAAUCUAAAACAACCACCGAGGAAACUGAAAUAUCGGUGACUCCUGAGGUCAAAUCGGAAUUCAAACUGGAAUCCAAGACGCACCAGAAGUCAGUGAAGAAGGACCCUAAACAGAAACCUCUCGAAAUAAAGGAAUAUCCGAAAGAGAAAAAGACGUCAGCGACACCCCAGACAAUACCAAUUGCAGAAAAGAAGAAGGUGACACAGGAGACGAAUAAGGAGAAAUCGAAGCCGAUGAUCCAAAAUAAGCAGAUUCAGAAGAAGAAGAACAAAAAGAGAAAUCCGUGUUGUACGAUUGCAUGA